GUUUAUGACAUCAGAACGUUGUCGCACGCGUUUCCUUUUCAGCCCUUGUUGCCCGCUUGUAUCGCGGCUGAAAUUUGGCUUUAUCUUUCGGUUUUCUUCACUUCGCUAUAGCCAUGGCAGCAGCUCCGGUACCGGUCAGAAAACGUCUUUUGAAGGAGGAGGACAUGACCAAAAUCGAGUUCGAGACGAGUGAGGAGGUCGAUGUUACUCCAACCUUUGAUACGAUGGGCCUUCGAGAGGACUUGCUCCGUGGGAUCUACGCUUACGGUUUCGAGAAACCAUCAGCUAUCCAACAGAGAGCAAUCAAACAGAUCAUUAAAGGCAGAGACGUAAUUGCGCAGUCACAGUCCGGUACAGGAAAGACCGCCACCUUUUGCGUCUCUGUGUUGCAGUGCUUGGAUAUCCAGGUGCGGGAAACACAGGCGCUGAUUUUGGCACCAACCAGAGAAUUGGCCGGACAGAUCCAGAAGGUGCUGCUGGCCCUGGGAGACUACAUGAACGUGCAGUGCCACGCCUGCAUCGGUGGGACCAACGUGGGGGAGGACAUCCGCAAGCUGGACUACGGCCAGCACGUCGUGGCCGGGACCCCUGGACGCGUCUUCGACAUGAUCCGCAGGAGGAGCCUAAGGACUCGCGCCAUCAAGAUGCUGGUGCUGGACGAAGCCGACGAAAUGCUCAACAAAGGCUUUAAGGAGCAGAUCUACGACGUGUACCGAUACCUGCCCCCCGCCACCCAGGUGUGCCUGAUCAGCGCCACCCUGCCCCACGAGAUCCUGGAGAUGACCAACAAGUUCAUGACCGACCCCAUCCGCAUCCUGGUCAAGCGUGAUGAGUUGACGCUGGAGGGCAUUAAGCAGUUCUUCGUGGCCGUGGAGCGGGAGGAGUGGAAGUUUGACACCCUGUGCGACCUCUACGACACCCUCACCAUCACACAGGCCGUCAUCUUCUGCAACACCAAGCGAAAGGUGGACUGGCUGACUGAGAAGAUGAGGGAGGCAAACUUCACCGUGUCCUCCAUGCACGGGGACAUGCCUCAGAAGGAGAGGGAGUCCAUCAUGAAGGAGUUCAGAUCCGGGGCCAGCCGAGUGCUCAUCUCCACAGACGUGUGGGCCAGGGGCCUGGACGUGCCACAGGUGUCCCUGAUCAUCAACUACGACCUGCCCAACAACAGAGAGCUGUACAUCCACAGGAUUGGCCGAUCAGGCCGUUACGGGCGCAAGGGUGUGGCCAUCAACUUUGUGAAGAACGACGACAUCCGCAUCCUUCGCGACAUUGAGCAGUACUACUCCACACAGAUUGAUGAAAUGCCAAUGAACGUUGCGGACUUGAUCUGAGGGGGAGAGGUGGCAGACGGGGGAGUCCCGCGAGGAGACCUGUUUUUGUUUAAUUUUUGUUUCCUAUUCCGUACAAAGUCCCGUUUUAUUGAGCUUGUGUUUUUAUGACUAUUCAGAGGACAGCCUGCGUUUCGUAGGUGACAUUCUCUAGAUAAUGGCCAACACUUCAUGUCAGUUUGAUUUUGUAAAUAAAGGAUUUGGUUUGUCAACUGCCA